AAAUUCAGUGACAAUCAUGCCAGACGUGCAUUCCCUGGUGAAUGAUUUCCUUAUCAAGCUUAAAAAACGUAAUAUUGAGGGCUCACAGGCCACAGCAAAGCUGACGGCGGAAUUACUUCGGUCCGUGAUUUCAUCACAGCGGGUACCCUACACAAAUCAAGCUGGUGCGUUGAUAGAUGCUGUUAAAGCUGUUGGGGAGCAGCUGAUUGCUGCAAAUCCUAUUGAGCUGGCUGUGGGUAAUAUUGUGAGGCGUGUUCUGCACAUUAUUAGGGAGGAGGAUCUUUCUCUCACUACAGCUGCUAUGGCUGGGUUGAACAUGUCGACUGUUAGUGAUGAUGAAGAUGAUGGUGAGCGCGACAACCAUCCGGUUCUAUCUGCUGCUGUUGUUGCUGCUGCUGCAAGAAGCACACUGCGUCCACCAUCUUUGCAAACACUUCUUGAGGACAUGCCUGAUGCAGCAGCUGUUCCUCACACUUCUUCAUCUGGGGGUGAUUCUGAAGAAAAAACCAAAUCUGCUGAUAAAAGUUCAAGAAGUCGGAAACUGAAGCAUGAUGUCAUUGAAGCAGUCAAUGAACUUAUACAAGAUAUUGGCACUUGCCAUGAACAGAUUGCCGAGCAGGCAGUUGAGCACAUUCACCAGAA